GACGCUCCUUCAGGUAUACUGGACCGAGGCCAUUUAGGGCUUUAAAGGUCAGCACCAACACUUUGAACUGUGCUCGGAAACGUACUGGGAGCCAAUAUAGAUCUUUCAAGACCGGUGUUAUGUGUUAUUCUCUAACCAUGGUGGCAUCCUGUCCCAUGAAAUUGCAGCAGGAUUGCAGCGUGAUUUUUCCUCCUCUUCCUUGGCAGCAGCAACAGCCGCUCCGCCGCAGCCAUGGGCCCCCCUGCCCACUUGGUCACAGGCCUGGUAGGAGCUGAGAAAUGGCACAGGGACACCCAUGCCACAGUUCACGACACCUCCAAGCUGACGCAGCGCUGCGCAAAGGAUGCCCUCGACCUUUGGUGUCCACUCCGAGCCCCAGGCCAGCCUGAGGAAACACCGUACGAGAAAAAGGUCAAGAUCGACUCUUGGAAAUUCAAGAUAGAUGUCCAUCCAACUGGAGAGGUGACAAGCAAGCCACCGGAGGGGCCGGGGGUGACCCUGUGGAGGAGCAAAAUCAAACCCCCUCCUUGGGUGUGCAAGAUGGCCUUGCCCUGCUGCCGCGACUACGCCACCCUCAAGAACAACGAGUAUGUGGCCCAGUACGUCAGGGAGACGCGGCUGGUGGUGAGCCGCCUACGACAGGCUCUCCUGGAGAUCAACGACCAGUUCAAGAUGAUGCUGCGUUUGAGAUUACAAGUGGACGCCACGCUGGAUCAAAUCCGCCAGGGCCUCGUUACCAACAAGCAGAGCCAAGCCAUUCGGGAGCACCGACCGGAAGUAGAGAAGGUACCUGACAAGGUAGAUGCACUGAUGAAAUGGGAGAAGAAUGAGUUUCUGAAACAGAAAGCCAAGCUGGAAGAGAUGAUGGCGAUGUCAGAAGAUCAUAUGAAGGCACUGGGCACAUGUCGGCAAACUCUGGAAAUGCUGUCCAAUGAACGGGGCCGUGUUCUGGACCUGAUACCGCAACCUUUCCGCAUGGUUCUCCUAGGGGCUGGGCGUGAUUCCUGGCUUGGACUGAGCCGUCCCUCAUCCCCCUGGGUGGAGCGUAACGAGACACCCGUCCCUAACCCCAUUGCACCCUUCACACCAGAGUGUGCGGCAGCUCUAGAGGAUGCCCGGCGCCUCACCUCCCUUACCAAGGUUGUGCUCCAACAGUUGCAAAAGGCCAUCAAUGAAGCGCAAGAGACCCGCAAUACAGCCCACACCACCAUUGAAAACAGCCUGCAGGGCAAGAGGGAUGAGACUCUCUGUCAUAAGGAACGGCUUGACAUUACUCUGGCAGGAACUCGCAGCACCCUGCAUCGCUGCCAACGUUUCCAGCAUGAGAUGCGUGUUACCCGGGGCAUGGCUUUGGGUCCUGAAAGUAGCAAGUACCUGGAGACACGGGAGAAGCUGACACGGCCAGUGGUGCAGGUGUACCAAAGACAUGUAGGAACACAGCUGCCUGAAGCUGCAAUCCUCAACCAGUCCACGCAACAGUUAGAUCGCUCUAUAGCAGAAACAGGGGAGAACAUUAAUCAGCUCAAAGCCACCCGACGUUACCUGCGCAGCUGCAUUCAUGACAAGCAGACGGGCUACCAUGUGGAUGGUAGUAUUAAACGGCUGCGGCAGCGCCGCAUGCUUCCACGCACUAACAUGAAUGAGGUUCUUGACUUGGUCUACACCUAAGGAGCAGAGCAAAUGCCUGGAGAGAUCAUACAAAUAAAGAGCUGAACAUGCUAGAAAGGCCCAGUAUAAUUUCCUCCCAACUGGGGAUGAGGGGAAAUAUACGACAGGCUGCAGUCACACAAUAGAGAAUCUAAUAAUACAGCAUUUUAAAGCUCAAUCAUUAUAUAUACAUAUAUAGAAAAUGCAAUUGCAAGUUUUUAGA